AUGCUCAGCAAGCUCAGGUUUGGGGUUGGGGAGGAUUCUGACAUAAAUUACUUGGGCCCUAGCAGCAUCUAUUUCUCAACCCUAUUCAACACAAAAUUGAGGAGUGCAGUGACACUGCAAGUUUGUUACAGAAACAGAGGAUUGGAUCCGCUGGAGAAUAUGAAUAGUAGAACCAGAGCCCUCACCCGCAAGUCCGUUACAAUGGUGGUGGUGGCGUGUGUACGUGCUAGUAAGACUAUAACUUUGGCUGCUUUUCAGUAUGCAUUUGAUAUUGUGAUUGGCAUGUUUACGGAAGUGGAAGUUCUCUUUUCACCCGCUGACUUCUUUGCUUACUUUGAUAUGGCCAAUUUGAUGACACCCAUAUUUAGAGUCACUUUAGCUUGGUCAUUUCCGUUGUAUGGCCCUAGUCUCUUCGUCCCAAAUGAAAUCAAACACUCAAUCCCCUACCUCUGUCCCUGGCCUGAUUUUAUUCCAUAUGUAGUUUGGCUUCAGCUUAGUCCCAUGCGUCACCCAAUUUUUCACUAG